AUGUACUACUUUGUGUUCCCCAACCAGCCAACCCAUCGCGACAGACCGCCAAGCUUCACGCCCCCGACCUCGCUCGCCUCUCAAGCCACCCCACCGCCUUCCCGAUACGCCUCACUCGGCACGCGACCGCCAUUCCUCGUGGUAAACGCCCCUCCUCCGGUAACCGCCGCCCGCACAUGCAGAGACAAGGCCUACAACAUUGGAGGGGAACUGGCGGGGUCGAUGAAGGGUGUGGAUGAAGGUAUGCGGGCUAAGCGCGAUGGUUCAUGCAGUUGGUCCCCGAUAGUUAGAUAUGAGAUGGAGAAACCUGGCAGAGGAGGUGGAGAGGUGGGUCGAUGGUUGGUGAGGGGGUUUUGUGUUGGUGUUCUAUAUUUGAGCCAGUGUUCGAAGGUGGAAGGCCAUUCUUCUAGUAUUCAUUUGUGGAGUCACGGAUUAGACGAAGGCCUCUGUGGUUAG